UUGCCGCCCUGGACUCUAUAAGCCCCCAUAGACGGGGAAGCGUGUUUAAAUCCAGAGUCGAUGAUUGCCUGAAUGAAAAUCACCCUGAAAGCCCAAAAGUCUAGGUCUACAUAAGCAAUAGCUACAAUGACUAGCAAAGUAUCCACGCAUGAGAUAUCUCAACAUGCUAGCGAAGGAGACGCCUGGAUCGUGGUCAAUGGUAAAGUUUACGAUGUGACGAAAUUCGCACCGGAGCACCCUGGAGGCGCAGAGAUUAUUUACCAAUUUGCCGGUCGGGAUGCUUCCAAACCAUACAACAGCACCCACUCGCCAUCUUUGAUCAAGGAGCUUGACGACCAGAUUAUCGGUGAGCUAGACACCAGUACCAUCACGCAGGAAUGGAGCAAAGAGGAGCAGGAGCCACAGAAGGCGGAAGGCUCAACAGAUACGGCAUAUCUACGGCCAGCUCUAGAAGAUAUUCUCAAUCUGGACGAAUUCGAGCAUGUCGCCAUGAACACUUUCAGCCCCAAGUCGUGGGCCUACAACAGCGGCGCGGCAAAUGACAACUUCACUCGAGAUGCAAACCGUGCCUUUUUCAGAGACAUAUGGUUCCGUCCAGCUAUCAUGCGCAAUGUGUCAACCGUCAACCUCAAAUCUACCCUCUUUGAAUGUGACCUCGAUAUCCCGGUCUUCAUCUCACCCGUUGGCGCUGCAAAGACGGUAUUCGAAGAGGGCGAGUUAGCACUUGCUCGAGGUGCCGCCAAUUCGGGUAUUCCGUACUGUCUAUCUACCAUGACCUCGUACUCAUUGUCAGAAAUUCUCGAGGUGACCUCGAAACCGGUCUUCUACCAGCUGUACAUCAACAAAGACCGACCGAAAACGGAAGCACUCGUUCGCAUAGCGCAGGAUUCCCGCAAGGUCAAGGCGCUAUUAGUGACUGCAGAUCUACCAGUCAUGUCGAAGCGAGAGGCAGACGAGCGUAUCAAGCCAGAAAGCAAUGCCGUCUUGGUCAAAGUGGCGCAAGGCAGUAAACAUGUGGGAAAGAAGAGCGCGGGACUUGCAAAGUCCACUAGCUCUAUGAUUGACUCCUCGCUGAACUGGAAUGAUCUUCAAUGGCUGAGGAGUAUUACGAAUCUUCCAAUCCUCGUCAAAGGUGUCCAACGUGCCGAGGAUGCUCUGCUGGCGGCGCAGGUUGGGUUUGAUGGGAUCGUGAUCAGCAACCAUGGAGGUCGGGCUGCGGAUACGGCACCGCCGGCUAUAUUGGUUCUGCUGGAGAUCCACCGCUACUGCCCGGAGGUAUUUGGCAAGAUCAAGGUGUUGAUUGAUGGAGGGUUCCGUCGUGGAUCGGAUGUAGUCAAGGCUAUCUGUCUCGGUGCCUCGGCCGUGGGUCUAGGUAGACCAUUCCAAUACGCCUUGGGCUAUGGACAAGAGGGGGUUGAACAUGCGGUUGAAAGUAAGUGUGGCUAUCCAAAAUGGACGAGCACGACUGACUCUUCGAUAGUACUCAAGGAGGAAAUCCAGACAGCCACGCAGUUGGUGGGCAUGACAGAUCUGAUGCGAGAUGCUUCUUCAACAUACAUCAACACGGCAGGAGUGGAACAUUUGCUCCCACCGAAUUGCGCGUCCAGCCAGAAAAGUUUCCUCCGUCGCCUUAUCAAACUGUGAAUGCCCGCUUUACGGUCAGUUUUCCGACGUGGUCCCUCAUCACAUAGUAUUGAUUGGGUGGUAAUGCAAAUUUUGAAUCGCUAUAAAAGACAAGCCAAUGCACACAAUAUACAAUAUGCUCAUAUCCCAUAACAUGCAAUCCCUUCAUGCAAUCCCUUCAUGCAAUCCCUUCAUGCAAUCCCUUCAUGCAAUCCCUUCAUGCAAUCCCUUCAUGCAAUCCCUUCAUGCAAUCCCUUCAUGCAAUCCCUUCAUGCAAUAGACUCUCCCCAUGAGACCCAUCGUCGUACACAUUCAUCAACUCUCCGCAGCGCUUCCUUGGCCGCCUCAACUUCAAACCAUUCCCGAUGCUCCUUCCCACACUCGCUACAGCGGCCAAGGUCGCGCAUUCGUAAAUCGGCGAGCUCAAGGUGAAUCAGUCGUUCCACACGAUGGACAUGAGGGACCUUCCGUCCCGGUACGAGAGACGCCGCCGGACUGGCAUUACUACCGGCUCGCUGUCGAGAUGCGGGAACCCUGGCAGGAGAUGAGGAUGUAGAAGACGGUGUGUAGGGGUAGUAGCGGAUCAAAGUCAGGUCGUAAGAGCAUUGCCGUGUCCACUCGGCAAGUCGACGGUGCACGUUGCUUGUUCGCCCGAUUUUCAGCCGGAUAGAUCCUGGCGUCGUUGAUGUUGGAUUCGUUGUCAGAGCGUUGAGAUCUCUAGCUGCACGCAGAGCAUCGCUCACGCUCCGGGGCUGAGGCGGUGGACGGAGACCGUUGUUAGUCUGUGGGGCCGAGGGUAAUAUUGAGGAUGCAAUAUCCCUUGCGAGUGGCGCAUGUUCAUCCGUUGUAGUAUUUUGGGGCGUCAACCAGAACAUGUAGAUGUAACCCUCGUCGUCGGCAUCGGAAAUGGGCUUGGCCAGCUCUGUGAGAAGUACAGAUGUCGUUUGGGGUGAAAGAGUUUUAGGAAUCCAUGACAGUAAGGAUGGAGUGUGCGAGGAUGACGAAGAGUGUCUAUUGUUUGGGAGAGAUGGCCGCGUUUGUGUCUGUGGAGUAGAUACUCGUUGUCCAGCCGAGGACACUUUGAUCUGCUGCGGUCGUGGAUUUGGAGCUGGCCUCUGCCCAUUCUGAUACUGUUUCUGAGGCAUAGACGAUUGGCCUUGUAUCGGACGAGUAUACACAGGCCUUGAGACGGGUGCUGAUGGCCUACGAUCUUCGUCGUCGUCGACAAUCUCAAAACAGCAGAACGUUCUCCUUGGACGACGCUUUUCACUGAAGCCGCUUUGACUUGUCCUCUGCUUCUGCGGUCUCUUGCGAGGAGGCGGUUUUUCGUUAAUCUCAAGCACGCCGAGUUUGUCCAUGAGCGUGUCGAUGCUGGUCCUCGGCUUGACCGGAGUGAUAGAGUCACUGUCAACGGUAGCAGAGGAUACUACUUGAUCCUUGUGUUGCCAGCAGUACAAAGAAGCCAUGUCGGGUACCCCAUUCUGAGCACCUUUCUUUUGAGGUGUCGAAGCUGGGGAAGGAGUCGUAGAAGACGCUAAAGCGCGCCGACAGGGCCGGCCUUGAGUCGUGAUACCUCUACAUGUCGUAGCGGGAUUCCGUGAAUCUGAGCGGGGCAGCACAGAUUCUGGCGUAUUUGAAAUCUGAGGCAUGCGCAGGUUUGAGUUUGGGAAAAGUGAGAUUUUACUUGGUAGAAAGUGGAAGUAGAUCUAGUUUGAAGAGAAAUCGCAUGAAGAAACCAUCAGCGACGAAGUCAGCCCUGUAGGGACCUGGAGCUACCGGCUAAUGCGGUGAGGCACCCAGGAAUGCCCCCCGAGACUCGCAACUCCACUUGGAGCAUUUCGAG